UCGAAGCGACAAGGUGUGCCCCCUUGGUGUCCCAAUUUGUCAACACGGCGAGGCCAGAGAUUCUGUGGUCAGCCAUGCCUGUUCCUCCCCCUCCCCCUCCCCCUCCCCCUGCACCCCCUCCACCUCCACCACCCUGUACUGCUCACCCACCACAGUCUCGGCCAGACCCUCCUAGUCUCCAGAGUGUUGGAGGAAGAGGAGGGAGGAACGCCCUGUUAGUAGACAUUCAGAAAGGAGCCAAGUUAAAGAAGGUUUUACAGGUCCAUGACCGUAGCGCACCAGUUGUCGACAAGCCCAGGGCCAGUGGUGGUCUGUCCCAGGACCAUCCCCAGGGAGGAUCAGGAGGAGGGGUGGAGGCUGUGAGGCCCUCUCUAGGGGGCUUGUUCUCUGGCGGGUUCCCCAUCCUCAGACCCGCUGGGCAGAGAGGGAAGAACGUGGUUUCACGCUCAAGCUCAUCAACGGGACUGAAGCCUCAGUGGAACCCUCCACCAACAUCGUCAGACAGUGGCCACACCCUCGAGCCCUACCAUAGGCCAACAGAGAGAGGAAGCCCUGCCCACUCAGCCUCCGCACCUCCCUCCCCCUCUCACAGCAAACCUCCCCUCUCCAUUACUGCCCCCGCCACCACUCCUCCUCCCCCUCAUCCCUCAUUCCAUGAGCGUCCCAGCAGCAGGCCUCCCCCCAUCCCCACCGGUCCCCCCCCUCCUCCCCCUACCCAAGUCACCAAGCCUACCUGGCUCCCCAUCCAGCACCCUCACCCCUUACCCCAGCCCUCUACCCCUCCUCCCUCCACACCCCCCUCCUCCCUCCCUAACCGGAACUCUGGUUUCUUCUACCCGUCUCCUCCCUCCCCCAUCCUCUCCCUCCUCCCUCCCCCCUCCUCCCUCCCCCGUCAUAUCAUCCUUCCCCCUCCUCCCUCUCCUGUCCUCUCCACUUCCUCUGAAUUGAGGUUCUCUAUCUCUGGUCCCCACGGCCCCCCUCCUCCUCCUCCUCCACCCCUCCCCGCCUCAUUCACCCCCAGCUGCCCCUCCUCUCUGCCCCCUCCACCACCCAAGAUGCCCCCUGUGCCGUCCCCUGCCAUGCGGCCCCCGGUGCCCCCCUCCUACCCUUGCACUGCACCUAGUCGACGACCACCAGCUGUGCCCAGGAGUGCAGGUGUGGGGAGGUCGUUGGCUUCUCCUCCCGUCCCACCGGCCCGCUCCCCGUCCACCGAGCUGACCAACCGGAUCCCUCCCCCUCAUCCUCCUCCCCUUCCCCCGUCCUUAAUGAGGAAUGGGCACAGUCUCAGCUGGCACAGCCUGGAUGACUUUGAGUCUAAAUUUCAGUUCCACCCAAUAGAAGACUUUCCCCCUCCAGAGGAGUUCUGGCCCUUUCCACGCAUCUACCCAAGCAGAGAGAACCAAGGAGUGACCAGGACACAGCUAUGGUGAUGCAGUGAGACAACAUGGACCCCCCACCCCCACACAUCCAACAGCUGGCCCAACACAUCCUCUUCAUCCUACAUUAUCCUCAUCCUCUGUCCCCAGGGGCCAUGCUCAUGGACGGAUAAUUGAGACUGUGUGUGUGUGUGUGUGUGUGUGUGUGUGUGUGUGUGUGUGUGUGUGUGUGUGUGUGUGUGUGUGUGUGUGUGUGUGUGUGUGUGUGUGUGUGUGCGUGCGUGCGUGUGCGAAUGCAAUACCGUGCCACACCCAGUGCAGGCUAUGUGACCUCCAACCUUCUCCAGUGUGGAAUGUUUUGAAUGUGUCAGGAGGGUAGAACCCAACAGUGUUCUCUCACUAUAUAUAUAUAUAUAUCUAUUGAUAAGCUGGGUGGCACCAGCCCUGACUGCUGAUUGGCUGACAGCCAUGAUAUAUCAUGGGUGUGACAAAACAUUUAUUUUUACGUUGGUAAACAGUUUAUAAUAGCAGUAAGGCACC